GCUUCGCGCCCGUCGCCGUGCUUCUUACGGGCAGCGGCGCGCGUGCGGCUCAGUCAUGGUUCCGACCGUCGCCUGGCUCUCGGCUCUGGCCGCUGGCGUCGUCUGCGCUGUCGUGGUGCAGAGACUGUGCUUCCCGUACUUCUGGACCGACGUCUGGUUCCUGCUGAAGGUGAUCCGGUACGGGGCGAGGCUGGAGCGGUUCCAGCUCACCUCCAGCGUGCGCACGGUUCUGGACCGGUUCGUCGCGCAGGCGGAGCGCAUACCCGACAAGCCGUUCGUCAUCUACGAAGGAGCGGUCCACACGUACCGGGACGUGGAGCGACGCAGCAACAGACUCGCUCACGUUUUCCUGGACGCGCUGGCGCUGAGGAAAGGAGACUGCGUCGCGUUGCUCAUGAGCAACGAGCCCGACUUCCUGUGCGUCUGGUUCGGGCUGGCGAAGGUCGGCUGCUCGGUGGCGUUCCUCAACACCAACAUCAAGUCCAAGUCCCUGCUGCACUGCUUCAACAGCUGCGGAGCCAAAACGCUGAUCGUUGGUUCAGAUCUGGUGGAGUGCGUGGACGGCCUCCUGAGCGCGCUGCGGGAGGAUCACAUCCAGGUGUGGGCCGUGAGGAGUCCAAGCGAGGGCGCACGGGUGCCGACGCUGCUGGAUAAGGUGGAGUGGGCCUCGGACCGGCCUCUUCCAGCAGCGUUACGAGCCACCAGCUCCCUCAAAACCCCGACUCUCUACAUCUUCACCUCUGGAACAACUGGGCUCCCAAAAGCUGCAGUGAUCACUCACCUCCAGAGCCUGAAGGCAGCUGCAGGGUUUUGGGCCUUUGGGGGAACCAAAGAUGAUGUGGUCUACAUUCCUCUGCCACUCUACCACAGCGCUGCUUCUCUGAUCGGUGUGGGAGGAACUAUAGAGCUGGGAGCGACCUGCGUCUUGAAGAAGAAGUUUUCAGCGUCCAUGUUCUGGACGGACUGCAGAGAACACGGCGUGACUAUUUUCCAGUAUAUCGGUGAACUCUGCAGAUACCUGUGCAACCAGCCUAAGACAGAGUUGGAUAAAGUGCACAAGGUGCGGCUGGGAGUCGGGAACGGCCUCCGGCAGGACGUCUGGCAGGAGUUCCACAGGCGCUUUGGAAACAUCAAAAUGUGUGAGGUGUAUGGCUCCACGGAGGGGAACCUGUGCUUCAUGAAUCAUAUCGGCAAGAUUGGAACCGUGGGCCGCUCCAACUUCAUGUAUAAACUUCUGUUCAAGUAUGAUCUGGUCAAGUAUGACAUAGAGAAGGACGAACCAGUCAAAGAUCAGAGGGGCUUCUGUCAGCGAGUAAAUAGAGGUGAGACGGGGCUCCUGCUCUCCAAGGUGAGCGCCAGCAGCCCCUUCUUUGGCUACGCUGGAAGCAAGCAGCUGACAGAAAAAAAGCUGAUGAGAAACGUGUUCAGGAAAGGAGAUGCCUACUUUAACACAGGCGACCUCAUGACUGAGGACCACGAGGGAUUCAUCUGCUUCAGGGACAGAGUGGGAGACACUUUCAGGUGGAAGGGUGAAAAUGUAGCCACGACAGAAGUGACAGAGAGUCUUGGACUGGUGGAUUUCAUCCAGGAAGUCAAUGUGUAUGGAGUAGAAAUACCCAGACACGAGGGCAGAGCAGGAAUGGCUGCCAUGAUCCUGAGGCCAGGUCUCACAUUUGACGGGAGGAAGCUGUUUGAGCAUGUGAUGAGGGAGCUGCCGGCCUACGCCCGUCCUCUGUUCGUCAGGCUGCAGGAGGUAAUGGAAAUAACGGGCACCUUCAAGCAGCAGAAGUUCCAUCUGGUGCAGAGCGGCUUUAACCCGUCAGCAGUCUCUGAUUCUCUCUACGUCCUGGACUACCAGCAGAAGAGCUACAUUCCUCUGACAGACACCAUCUACCACAGCAUUCAUGCAGGCCAACGCAAACUCUAGAACUCAGGAUGCACAGUUCCACGAUUGACGCAGGACUGAAUGUAAAGGUGUUGACUGAGCUAAUGUGAGACCUGACCAUAUACAUGUGAACACUACGUCUGUAAUAGUUUAAUACAUGAUCUUCCAGGCUGAAAAAGGUCAGUAGGGGAUCAAACCUGUGAAUAUACAACAUAGAAAAGUUAAAGCUUCAGAGCAUCCAUGUAAAUGAAUGCUCCACUGGCUGAACAUGAGCAGGUAAGUGUCUCCACCAGUUCAGGUAGAAAAACAAAAAGUAGUAGAUAAAAAAACUCAACUUACCUCAACACUGGAUAUACACAGUAGAGCACAGUCUAAUAAGAGUCCAAGUACAUCAGGGAGCUUGUAAAUGGCUUUGAAUGAAACCAUCAAUGACGUGGUACUUAUACUAAUGUCAGAUGUGUGUGCAGCCCGGUGCUGGUGCUCCAUCAACGCCGCCGCGUCCUGGUCUUUUACGUAUAAAGCUCCUCUGUUGCAGAACCUCCCUCGUACGAGCCCAGGAUAGAAAAACCAGCUCUGGGCCCAACUCCAGCUGUAGAGGCCUCAGUCUGUGUUCUGUGGUACUGAGGGAGGAGGAGACUCAGGCUUAGCCUCAUCUCAUGCUAAUGGUGAGGGAUUUAAAGCGUAGAUUAUAUCAGGCUUGUAUUUGUAACGCACUGAGGAGUCCGUUGUCUAACGCGUCAAUAUGAAUGAAAUGAAACAAGUUUUUGUGCUUUUACUGCCAAUCACCUGAAAUCCAGUUUAUUUUAUCCAGACCUUUUCUUUUCAUCUAGUUAGAACAUGAUACGUUCCAUGACUACACACGUUGGAGUCACUGUUCAUCACAUCAGUGGUCUCUUGUCUAAACUGUGAAGAAUGUGGAUCAGCUACAGAUCAACUUUUUAUAUUUUAAUGUUGUGAAAGUUCUACUGUUCUAUUCCAGAAACAACCUCAUGCAAUGACCCGUCACCUAGAAGCUCCUCGUUCACGUGAUUAUACAGACGGAGACAGAACCCUGUAGAGGAACCACUCGCCGUAGUGGUGCUCAGUCAUCAGUUCAAUGGUCUAAAGACAACAGAAAUAAAUAGACGUUGGUCUGUUGGACACAUCA